AUGCGUGCUGGUGCCAACCCUCUUCAGUCUUAUGUUCUCUGCCAUGCUGAUGGACGCCUACCACGAAGAAUGCCCGGGAUCCGCAUCGCCUACAGGACGGAGGGUCACCUUCUGAAUCAACGGCGGAUGCACUUCCAAUCGCGCGUAUCCACAAGCACCUUUCACGAACUCCUCUUCGCCGACGACUGCGUCCUGAACACCACCUCGGAAGAGGAGAUGCAACGCAGCAUGGACCUGUUCUCCGCCGCCUGCGAGAACUUCGGUGUGGUCAUUAACACGCAGAAGACGGUGGUGAUGCACCAACCGCCACCCAACUCAGCCACAGCCCCCAACACGCCGCAAAUCAACGUGAAUGGGACUCAACUGCAAGUGGUAGAGAACUUCCCGUACCUGGGCAGCACCCUCUCCCGCAACACCAAGAUCGACGACAAAGUCGCCAACAGGAUCUCGAAAGCCAGUCAAGCCUUCGGUCGACUCCAAGGCACAGUUUGGAAUCGUUAUGGUCUCCAACUGAGCACAAAGCUGAAGAUGUACAAGGCCGUCAUCCUGCCGACGCUACUGUACGGAGCGGAGACCUGGACGGUGUACACGUGGCAGGCACGUCGACUAAACCACUUCCACCUCGGCUGUCUCCGUCGCAUCCUGAGGCUGAACUGGCAGGACCGCAUCCCCGACACUGAUGUGCUGGAACGAACGGGAAUCCUGAGCAUCUACUCCGUGCUGAGACAAAUGCAGCUGCACUGGAGUGGCCACCUGGUGCGCAUGGACGACGAGCGACUACCCAAACGACUCUUUUACGGAGACGUCGCGACGGGUUCUCGUCGUCAAGGAGGCCAAAUUCGCCGUUACAAGGAUACCCUGAAGUCCUCCCUGAAGCGCCUGCAAAUCAACCCGACCAACUGGGAAGAGCUCGCCCGCGAUCGUCCGACAUGGGGGAGAACAGUGAAGACGGGCGCUGCUAUCUACGAGACCAACCGCAUCGCCGCCGCCAAAGUGAAACUCGAAGCCCGCAAAUCACAACACCCAAUAAGCAACGCCGCCGCACAACCUCUCCCUACGUGUCCUCGAUGUCAACGGACAUUCCGGGCACGAAUCGGAAUUGUUGGACAUCUUCGAACCAACUGUGCCUCUCGAACUGCUCCAGCCAUCGUUCCCCAGCCCGCCUCUUCCUCGUCCUCUCUGCCGCCAACUAACUCUGACACUCCUUCUGCACCACCACUUGCAUCCUCCUCCUUCUCCUCCACUGCCCCAGUGGUCGCCAUUCAGACUGCCGUCUCACACAUCACCAACCCCAACACAACAACCGACACCAACCCCACCUCUCCCGAUACCACUGAUGAGGAUCAGGUCUACACCUGCCCUCACUGCGACCGCACCUUCAGCUCACACAUCGGCCUGGUCGGUCACUUGCGAAUCCAUCGCACAGAGAUUGGUGAACCAGUGCCUGGAGCACCAACCUACACCCACCGCACUCGCCUCCACUGCCCACAAUGUCCUCGCACCUUCAAGCAUCGCAUGGGUCUAUUCGGACACAUGUGCAUCCACGAGAGCGGAAUUGACCGCAGGCUUGACACACCCACCCCGCCGAGCCCCACUCCCAAUCCAUCACGUUGUGCACCCACUAACCACUCCCCAGCCGACAUCGACGCCACCGACCUAACCACCCCUCACUCCUCCCCUCCCUCCUCCUCUUCCUCCUUCACUGCCACAACGACGGCCGCCUCGGCGUUUGUCGCCCACGACUUCACCACAGCCGCACCUGACACAACAACAGGCACGACCCCUGCAACCUCCAUCAUCAGACGUGAGGGUCAGGACUACAUCUGCCCUCACUGCGAUCGCACCUUCACUUCACGCAUCGGCCUGGUCGGUCACUUGCGAAUCCAUCGCACAGAGACUGGCGAACCAGUGCCUGGCGCACCAACCUACACUCACCGCACUCGCCUCCACUGCCCAAACUGCCCUCGCACCUUCACGCAUCGCAUGGGCCUAUUCGGCCACAUGCGCAUCCACGAGAGCGGAAUUGACCACAAUUCCGAUACACCAACCACGCCCGUCAUGCCCAGCACCACACUCGCACCAUCCCUCUGCACCACCACCAACGCCUCCUCUAUAGCUGACACUGACACCGCCGCCUUCACAUGCCCACACUGUCCACGCACAUUCACCUCACGCAUCGGACUGGUCGGUCACUUGCGAAUCCAUCGCAGAGACUGGCGAACCAGUGCCUGGUGCACCAACCUACACCCACCAAGUUCGACCCAACUGCCCACACUGUCCUCGCACCUUCAGGCAUCGUAUGGGCCUAUUCGGCCACAUGCGCAUCCACGACGACCUGCGGCAGACAACCGCCGGCUGCACCACAACAUCAAACAAUCCCUACCCUCCUCAAACAUUAACGACACACAUCAACACUCACCCACCGCAUGCACCAACCGCCACCUUUCACACAAGUGGGAAGUGUGCUCUCGACUCGGUCCCCAUGCGGCUUCGGCUGCACCGGUGACUUGA